GUUGAAUGCUCUGUGGCAACAAAGUGUGGGUGGAAGCUCAUACAACUCAGCCAUUUGGGUCAGAAAGGUGAUGCCACAUCUUAGUUAGUGAUGGAUAUAAAAUUCAAAGGUUUCUCUUCAGCUGAUACUACACAACACAGGCACAGACUUAAGGAGGACUGUUUACACUGUCAGGAUGUUUUUCCUCACCUUCCUCACAUUAUUCACCACCAUCCAUGCAGGUCUUAUUACUGGUACCUUUGAACAAGACUCAGAAAUAGUCUCAGGAUUCGACUCCUCUUAUUCCAUUUCUGGAGAAUAUGGCAGCCAAGGUGCUUCUUUCUCCAUAGGGGAAUAUGGUGGCCAAAGUGCUUCCUCCUCCUUAGUGGAAUAUGGUGGCAUACUCUCGUCUUCUUCCCAUUCUGGGGAAUAUGGAGGGCCAGGAGGACUACGAUUCUCACACUCUACGAACCAACUGGAUGGACCAAUAACAGCCAUUAGAGUUCGAAUUAACCCUGUAAACAUUGUUGGCAUCCAGUUCCGUUAUGGCACUAAGUGGAGCCAAUAUAAAGGUGGUUUCACUGGGAGUGAGCAAGAAAUUUUCCUGCACCCAGGCGAGUCCAUCAUCCAGGUCACUGGGAAGUACCACUUGUACGUCAAGCAGCUCAUUUUCAUCACUGACCAGCAUCGUGAGUUUUCCUUUGGACACGGAAUUGGCACCAGCUUCAAUGCUGUCCCACUCCACUCAGGAACCGUCUUGCGCUUUAUCAGCGGCCGGGCUCUUUUAGUACUUGAUGCCAUCUCUUUCCAUUGGGGCACUUACUACAGUGGUUUCUCCCCAAAUGGGCAUCCUGAAGGGUAAAAAGACUGAGAGACCAGCCGUUUGAUGGCAUGAAGGACAAUUCAGGCUAAGGGCAGAUUAGUUUCUUUUCACUCAUCUCUUUAGGCUUCCCUUCACUCUUGUCUAUGAGUCUGAUGGUUCUUCACUACUGCAUCUGUACCCAAGAAUUCUUCUGGUAGCUCCCUUUUCCAUGUAUUGACCAUUUUCACCUUUCCUUUCCUAGUUAUUCUUCUCCCUUAUGCCAUCCACAUGAGCCAGAAGAUUUCCCAUCAGUUAUGAUCAAUUUAAAAAAUAUCUGUAAUAAGGUGUCAGAUGUCUUUUACUUCAGCUGCACCAUGAAAGAAUGCUAUGCAUUUUGAUUGCCACUGAGGUUGCUAAUAUUGCCACUUAUCUGAAUGGUUGAGAUGAUGUUGAAAUUGAGCGUGACUGAAGAAGGCUUUGCUGAAACAUGCUUUAGAAGUUAGCCUGGGGUUGGCCAUUUUGCUUCUGCUUUCAGUUUAUCUGUUUGGCAUUUACAUUGCUUCUGUUUGAAUUUACAACUUGGCAAUUACAUCUGCUUGUAAUUUACAGUGAGCCCUUGGUAGUUUGGUUCCAGGACUCCCAUGGAUACCAA